UUCAGCUUCUCUUUCGACCUCCGGAGAGCAUUCGAUCUACUCCCUGCAACCUUAGCUUCGAGCUCCACUGCCUCUUUGGCCAGCCAUCAGCUCUUUCAUUCCCUUGGAUCCCAGCAGUACUAACCAUAUCACGGCAAUGAUCAACGCAUAUGGACGCAUACUCAAGGACUUGGGUUCUCAUGGUGUUUGUAGCGACUUGUAUAAGGUCGACUUGUCCCCAGUGUCGACGGCUACACAGGCCGAAGAAUAGUAGUCACUAUCCCUCAUGUACAUCUAUAUGGCGUUCCGGUGUCAUUAACUGUUUCGUAUUCAAUAAAUCUGAUAUCUGUGAUACUAUCACCAGGCGGCCUGCUCUUACAACUGGGAAAUCGUUCAAUACCUACGCCUUGUUCAAAGGCGAGAUUAUGAAAACCGAAAUCUUGAACAAGAUUGAUUCGUACUAAGGUCGGGCAAUGAUUCCAAAAAUGUUCAGUCACUUUGUUUGUAUAAGAGUGUACACGCUGGUCUUCAAGCAAGUACGCUUAACCCAAUUUCGUUUUCCCGAAGAUUGGUGCAAGGUGUUUCUGG